UAGUAUGAUUGCAUUUCAUCAAUGAAUUGAUACCAAAACAUCUUGGAGUAAAACAGACAUGUGAGAGGGAAUCACACCUCAGAUGAACACCGGUAUGAUUGCCUCUGUGUUCAGCGUCGCGUAACAGAUGGACUGUAGUGAGGAAUAACUGGCAAUUUAUGCAUGCAUGAGGCACAACGACAAACAGAAUCACAUGCAGUGGGGGAGGGAUAGAAGUGAAAUGAAAUGCCACAGUCGUGAUAUGUCUUGCUAGGUUAAGUUUAAGUUUAAAGUAUUUGCCCGACGGUAGUAUGUCGUCAGCAGCACAAAAAAGGUCUAUUUUGUCUAUUUGGUGGCAAGGACAAAAUCAUUUAAGUUACAUGAGGCAGGGUAGUCAGGAGGAGGUAUUUUAUACUUCACCAUUUGGCCAGCAGGUGGCACUCCAAAUAUGUCCAACUGACAUCGUUCUCCUGGCUAUCCAGAUGUCUGAUCGACCUCUUUUGCAGGUGACCCCUUAAAAUAUUGAAAGUCGUUUAAAAUGUAAUAAUGUAAUAUAUUAGUAGUCAGACAGGGCCAUUAGAUCACAGGCCUACUGGAUGUUUGUCCGGCGGUAGCUAGGCCCUAGAAGAAAGAAAGAAAGAAAAAGAAAAAAAGAUAAUGUCAUAGACUAUUAGCCUAAAACACAAAGAAACUAAUAUUAGUAACAUUUUGUUCUUUACAAAGACAAUAGAACGAGAGAGGGGGGAUUCAUAUUAAUGAGUUGGGGGCGUGGCUGCAACACCUGGGACGGUCCACCAUUCGACUAGUCGCAUGUGCAUGCGGUACUCCAGCAGCGCAUCAGGAGCUGGCGUGUGUCGUUUUAGUCGCGAAGAAUUCUGCGUUAAGGCGUACUGAGAGGUUUUCGGGAAAUACACCACCCCAAACUGCGACUGAGCCUGUAUGAUGACAGACUGAAGGCCUGUUCCUGUAUCUGUGGAAACCUAGCCAAACCAAAGCAGCAAGCAGGACUCUGCAGCUAUACAGCACCUCGGUUCCUUGGGUAUGGAUCACAGAACCCGGCUAACACCCUGUCUGCCGUUGCCGGUGCUGGUGCUGCUGGGCUGUCUUCCCUGCCUCCUAUUGGGCUUUCCCUUCGGCCCCGCCCUCCAGCUGGAUGCUACGCCCAGGACCACAGUGCUCUUUGAUGGGCUGCUGGGGUAUAAUCGUUUCAGUGGGUCUGCGCUGGACUACAGCACCCUGCUCCUGGAAGAAGAGGCCGGGCUGCUGUACGCUGGAGCCAGAGAGGCUGUCUACGCCCUGGACACGUCCAACAUCUCCUCCCCCAGGACCAACCACUCAAUUAAAUGGCCAGCAACAGCAGAGCAGAAGAGGCAGUGUCUGUCCAAAGGAAGAGACAAUCAGACAGAGUGCUACAAUCACAUCCGCUUCCUGCAGAGGCUAAACGAGACUCACCUAUACGCCUGUGGAACACAUGCCUUUAAACCUCUAUGCGCAUACCUUGACGUGGAGCAGUUCCGCCUGUCGCGCUUUGAAGAUGGCCGAGACAGGUGUCCCUACGACCCCGCCAAAGGCUACACAGGCCUGCUCGUGGAUGGCGACAUGUUUUCUGCCUCUCAGUACGAGUUCCGGAGCACAUCUGAUGUUCGACGCAACUUUCCAUUUCCUCUACUGAAGACAGAAGAGGCUCCCACCAGAUGGCUCAUGGAGGCUGACUUUGUGGGCUCGGCGCUGCUGAAGGAGAGCGUCAACAGCUCCAUCGGGGACGACGACAAGAUCUACUUCUUCUUCACGGAGAAAAACCAGGAGCAGAUGCCGUACUCCAGCCAAACCAGGGUGGCCAGAGUGGCCCGGGUGUGCAGGGGGGACAUCGGUGGCCAGAGGACCCUGCAGAGGAGGUGGACGUCCUUCCUGAAGGCCCGGCUGCUCUGCUCCAUCCCCGACUACGAGCUGCAGCUCAACGUGCUGCGCAGCGUGGCCCUCCUGGAGGCGGCCGACGCGCGGGACAGCGUCUUCUACGGGGUCUUUGGACUGGAGUGGAAAAAUGUGAAAGCAUCAGCUGUGUGCCAGUACUCCCUCGCUGACAUCCAGAAGGCCUUUGACGGACCCUUCAUGGAGAACCAGGACUCCAAAUGGAGGGAGUUCACAGGGAAGGUUCCACAACCGAGGCCUGGUUCGUGUAUAACCAAUCAGCACCGGGCGCUACUCAUUAAUUCGUCACGUGACCUCCCCGACAACGUCCUCACCUUUGUCCGCCGGCACCCCCUCAUGGCCACCCCAGUGCUGCCGCUCAGAGGGCGCCCCCUGGUGUUCAAGAGGAGCAUCAACUACAGCAAGAUCUCUGUGCUUCCCGUGGCUGCUGUGGACGGGGUUGUUUAUAAUAUGCUCUUCAUUUGCACAGAUGAGGGCUGGCUGCAUAGGGCAGUAGAACUUGGAGAUCAUGUCCACAUCAUCGAAGAACUUCAGCUGUUCAGUGAACCGCAACAGAUCUACAGUAUGGUGAUCUCUCAAGCACAGAGAAGUAUAUACCUGAGCUCCCAGUCUGGGGUAGUCCAGGUGCCUCUGGCCACCUGUGAGAGAUACGCCUCGUGUUUUGACUGUGUGUUUGCCCGGGAUCCAUUCUGUGGAUGGGAUGGGAGAAUGUGUGCAGAUGUUUCCCUGCACACAAACAGGUCCAGUCUGAUUCAAGAUAUUGAAGCUGGGAAAAAAGGGUGUCCCAGUUACACAGGCGAUGGGUCAGCUGUGCACCGCAGCCGAACGGUGAUGGCCGGGGACGACGUGCUCCUUCAGUGUGAACUCCACUCCAACCUGGCAACCCCGCUGUGGACGCUGAACGGCCGUGACCUGCAGGGCUACGGGCUGGGCUCGGGUUACAGGGUCGGCACGGACGGCCUGCUCAUCAUCGGCGCUCGGCCCAAACAGAGCGGCUCGUACGACUGCUUCUCCCAGGAGAACGGCCUCCGGGUGCCGGUCCGCAGGUACACCGUCAGGAUCCAGGCUCCAGUUCUGCCCUCACCAGGCCCCAGUGACCUGACGGAACCACCCGAGGAGUUUCUCCCCAGGCCUCUGCAUCCAUCCAGCAGCCCCUCAGAGCAGCCGCAGGCCUCCCCGCCUGCCCCUCUCCCUCCUGGGCCGGAGUCCCUGGCCUACAGGCACAUGGAGGCUCUGUACGUGUCCCUGGUGGCUGUGUUGGGUGGGCUGUGUCUCGUGCUGACUGUGAUUCUUCUGUACGUGAGUUUCUGCACGAGAGGAGGGGCCGCCAGCCCGACCAGGAAGUACUCGCAACAGGGCGGGUUGGUCGCGGCAGCGACCGAGCGCAAGCGGAGCUCCCACCUGGAGCUGAAGACCGUCUCGAGCCACUGCAACGGGCGGACGGACGGGCGAACGUCGCGGCGCGGUACGGGCGCAGCCGAGGACGGCAGCCUUUUACAGAUCGUGCCGGGCGAGGGCGGGCAGCUUGGGUCGCCCGGCAGCGACCGAGCGCCGCCCCCGGCCCCGCCGCUCCCCAUGCCCCCGCCACUGCCGUCGACAGAUUUCGCCAACGGGCUGUCGGCGACACUGCCCAGCGUCCUGCGGAAGAUGAACGGGAACAACUACGUGCUGCUGCGGCAGGUGGAGACCGAGACCACCUCGCCCCUCUACCACUCCUUCACCGAGGAGCUCAACCGCAUCCUGGAGAAGAGGAAACACACCCAGCUCAGCGACGUGGAGACGGAUGAGAGCUCCGUGUAGCCCACCCCCUCCCCCCCACCUCUCCUCUUCUCCGACAUGCUCUUAACCCCUCCGCUCCCCCCACCCCUGCCCCUCACCAGUGCGUGGUGGUCGUGGUCGUGGUCGUGGGUGAACUGCUGUGCAAUAAGAUCCUUGUUUUGUUCAUGUGAAAAACCCAGUGUAAUAACACUAGUACAUCUGUGUUCUAUGUACAGUCAAAAAUCUGUUCCUCUGUUGCUCAUGGGAGCUGAACUGAACUGAACUGGCGUGAACUGAGCUGGCAUUAAGUUUCAAUCACAUUUCUGAUUGAUCCCCAUGAAGAAAGAUCAUUUGUUCAUGACGUUUAAUGAUGUAAUUGAUCUGUCUGCUGGGGAAAAAUAUUAGAUGCUCCUCGAAACAACUGAGGCAUUUAUGUAUGAUAUUGGAAGAGGAAAAUGGCCAUAAGCACUGAAGCCUAAGAUCCUAUCUCUGAGAUUGGAUCAUUGGUUAACUUUAGAGGUCAAAGAUAGGCACUGGACUUGUAUGGACUGAAAAACACUGUUCGACCCUUUGUGGAAUUGUCUUUUUUUUGUACAGUAUAUAACAAUCAAAAAUAACCAAGUGUGCAAAUACAGCCAACAGUAGCAACUAAAUGACACUAUGGCAACAUUACAGCAGUUUAAAUACCCCUGUAGAGACAAAAGGAUUUGUCAGGGGUGCGCAGAUGAGGAAAAAACACAGUAUUAAAGCCCAAGUUUGUCCCCUAUACAUACAAAGCCAGGCUAACACGUCUCUUUGAGUUGACUGUGGCUAAAUAUACAUCCAAAGAAGGAGGAGGAAGAGGGAGUCCCUGAUGAAGAGGAAUCAUAUCUAGGAAUUUGACCUGACGGUAAGAACCAGCGGGAACAACUUCCAGAAGACUUUGUACUCUAACCAAUUUGAGUCUAUUUCAUAUUAUAGAUCAAUAAAUUAGCCAUAUAACACAGUAUCGACUAUUGAAUCUACCUAGAAUUUUAGUAAUGAUACUUUAUUGAUCAUGGUAGAGGACAGAGAAUCCACGUAUAGCAAGAUAUAAUAUGUGCAUGGACAAAGAGAAGCGUGGAAAAACUCCUCUGGCAAGAAUGAUUACAGAAAUCUGUUCUAAUCUAUCAUGCCGUUGCCCAAGCAACUGUCUUAUUACAGGACGAACUGUGAGUGAGCCUAACGAGAGCCUGUGGAGUGUGAACGACCUUCAAUCCCUUCCCCCUCACCUUACACUGUGGACAGGAGUCCCUGGAGGACAAGGACAUGCACAAUGGAGACACACCACCAGCCUCACCAGAGGAGACAUAAACUGAAGAAGAUGCUUAGUCCCCGCACAGUGAGGAAGGAGAGUCCUAAUGACAACAGGGGCCGGCUGCUUGCUGUGUGUGUGAGAGGGCGCUCAGUGGCUUGGAGAGUAGUUUGAUGCACACACACCUUCAGGGUCAGAUAUUUAGUCAUACUUUCAGGAAGAGGAGAGGAUAAGGUAAGGAGGUACAAAGCCAUGAGAUGUAGAUUUUGUGCAUUUAUCUCAAUCAGUGUGGAAACCCUCUAUAUAUGACAAGAAUAUACUGUAUUUGAUAGGUCAAAAUGAUGUAAACUUGAGAAAAACAUAUUUUCUAGCUGCUGUACGACUGAGAUGAGAAUAUUUAUCUUGUCUGUUUACUAUCAGUACCCCUCCAGUAUCUUAUAUAAAGUGUGACAUCAUUCCCCUGACAUAUACUGUAUUAUAUUCAGAUAUGGGGAGAUUUUUAUGUCAGGAGUAGAAUGAUGUCCUUGUUUUUGAUAAAUGGAAACGGCGGUAUCAGUAGUAUAAUUUUGUGAUAUAUGAAAACCCAAGUGUAACAGCAAUAAAUGUUGUGGCUUUUUUCA